AUGCUUAUUUUAUCUGUUCUUUUUCUUUUUAUUAUUUCAGUUGUACCAUUACGUGCCAGUGCCAUCGACAUACCUCCGAAUGCUCGGUGGCAACAAAAGGGUGUCACCGUUGCUGGAGGAAAUGGAUAUGGUGAUGGAAGCAAUCAACUCUCACGCCCAUACGGUUUGUAUGUUGAUGAUGAGCAAACGGUCUAUGUCGCUGAUAGUGACAAUCAUCGUAUUGUGGAAUGGAAAUCGGGUGAGACGAGUGGCCAAGUCGUUGCCAGUGGAAAUGGAGAAGGAAGUGGGGCGAAUCAAUUCUGGGAACCAGUCGAUGUGACUGUCGACAAAGAGAGAGACAGUCUCACCAUCUGCGACCAUUGUAAGGCAACAGUGGUUCGAUGGCCUCGUCGAAAUGGGACAAGUGGAGAAACCAUCAUCUCCAACAUCGAUUGUUGGGGUUUGACAAUAGACGAGACUGGAUCUCUCUAUGUCGUUGACUGCGAAAAACAUGAAGUGAGACGAUAUAGAAGAAAAGAAUGUGAAGGAACAGUGAUUGCAGGUGGCAAUGGACGUGGAAAUCGUCUCGAUCAACUCUAUCACCCAAAUUACGUAUUCGUCGAUCAGGAUCAUUCGGUGUAUGUCUCUGAUGGUGGAAAUCAUCGUGUGAUGAAAUGGAUGAAAGGUGCAACACAAGGCAUUGUCGUGGCUGGUGAUCAUGGAAUAGGAGAGAGUCUCACACAGUUGUUCUGGCCUGAAGGAGUCGUUGUCGAUCAAUUGGGCACUGUCUAUGUGGUUGACUCUGACAAUGCUCGAAUCAUGCGUUGGCCUCAAGGAGCCACACAGGGAAAUGUCAUCAUUGGUGGAAAUGGUGGAGGAGAACAAUCAAACCAACUGAGUGCGCCCUACGGUUUGUCAUUCGAUCGACACGGCAAUCUCUAUGUCGCCGAUUCCGAUAAUCGUCGUGUCCAACGCUUCGAUAUUCAGUGA